CCCCACUUUAUAAACCCCCUCCGCCUCUUCUCCUCCUAACAUCGUCUCUUCAGCGUUCCAAAUUUCCAAUCCCUUCAAAGGCGAAAGAGCUUCGAACCCUCAAAACCUUUCGAAAUGGCCGGAACCCUAAGAUUCGGAGGAUUGAGCUCCUGCCCCCAUCUUGCCUCCCCCAGACGCCGCAAGCCGGUCGGCGCCGUGGCCAUGGCGGAGGUGGCGACGGCGGUGAGGCGCGCGAAGAGCCUGUACGAGGUGCUGCGGGUGAAGGAGACGGCGUCGGCCGUGGAGAUUAAAGCGGCGUACCGGUCCAUGGCGAAGCGGUUCCACCCGGACGUGGCGCCGGCGGCCGGCGGAGCGGACUUCCUGGAGAUCCACAGGGCGUACAAGACGCUCUCCGACCCGACGGCGAGGGCGCGGUACGAUAUCUCCAUCGGGCGGCUCGGAUUCCCGGCCGCGGGGCCGCUGCGGUCCCGGCGAUGGGAGACGGACCAGUGCUGGUAGGCCGCCGGGCUAACAACAGGCGAUCCACCAAACCGGGGACGGUUCGGUUGUCGAGAGAGACCCGAGCCCGGUCCGGAGCGCGUGCCCACCGACCUUGCAACGUGGCGGCAUCUGAAUGCCUCAUCAACAUCCGGGUCCCUUCUUGUCAACAUUCUGGAUGCCGAAACUUUAAAGAAAAGAAACAAUGUUGAUGGGCUGGGACGGGUUUUUUUUUUUUGUUUUUUUUUCCGAGCUCGCGUAUAUUGGCGCUGAGCUGUGAAAAUGUACAGCUUCGAGGUUUGGAAAUUGCGAGAAAUCGAGCCUGCUGUAACAAAUCACAGAUGAGUUGCAAAGCGGUGGCAUCAAACUUUUUAUCAAAAAAAUGUAUAUAUAUUUUUUUGAAAAAACUAGUCUCAUAUGGUGUCAAUUUAACUUUUACUGGGGCAAAGAAAAACCCCAAAUUCACAA